UUCGCGCCUCCCUCUCUCCGCUCCUCUCGCCUCCUUGCUUUCCGUCACCUACUAACACAUAUCAUCUCUCGCAUCUCCCCCCCCAGUCUGCUGUCUCCCUCUCCAUCCGCGCUCUCUCCUCCAUCUACUUCCCAUUCCUCCCUCCUUUCUCUCACACACACUCAACCCAUUGCCGUCUCGUGAGAGCGCACAGCAUACACACACACACACACACACACACUCAUGCUGAUUGGCAUCCAAGGACAGAGCACCCUCUCUCCCAAACCGGCGACCAGGCAGUUUGCUCGUGCUGCCAGGCUUCUUGACACUGAGCUCAGCUGAGGAAGAGGAAGAGGACGAGGACGAGGCCAUGGAGCACAGCCACAUCUUCCCAGCUUUUUCCCCAAACGGGAGCUCCUGGAGCCCGGGGCAGCACCCCUCCGAGGGUGCCCAGGGAUGCCCUCUCGGACCACUGCCUGUCAUCUACUACAGCGUCCUGCUCUGCCUCGGCCUGCCGGCCAACAUCCUGACAGUGGUCAUCCUGUCCCAGCUGGUGCUGCGUCGUCAGAAGUCCUCCUACAACUAUCUCCUGGCCCUGGCAGCCGCCGACAUCCUGGUCCUGCUCCUGAUUGUUUUUGUCGACUUUAUUUUGGAGGAUUUCAUUUUGGCCACGCCACUGCCUCCGUCAUUAAACAAUGCCGUGCAGGUCCUGGAGUUCUCCUCCAUUCACACCUCCAUCUGGAUCACCGUGCCUCUUACCAUUGACCGCUACAUCGCUGUUUGCCACCCGCUGCGCUACCACACGGUCUCCUACCCAGCUCGCACACGGAGAGUGAUAUUCGCCGUGUACAUUGGGUGUUUGCUCUCUGCAGCUCCUUAUUACUGGUGGCCUGAGCUGUGGCACAGCCUUCCAGGAAUGGGCAGUGGUGGUGAUGGAGGAGGAGGAGGGGUAGGAGGAGAAGGCAACAGGAGAACCGUGGCCGAGCACGUCCUGGUGUGGGCCCAUUGUGCCACCGUCUACCUCCUGCCCUGCACCGUCUUCUUCUCCCUCAACGCUGUCAUCGUGCGCAAGUUACGCAGACGACGCAGCUGUUUCCGUCUCCGAGGUUACUCUACGGGCAAGACCACCGCCAUUCUCCUCGCCAUCACCUCCAUUUUCGCUGUUUUGUGGGCACCACGCACCCUCAUGAUCCUCUACCACUUCUACUCACCUCCUCCAGCCUCGCAAGGCGCCGGCCGACUGCUCCACAUGCUCACUGACCUGGCGAACAUGCUAGCGUUGCUCAACACCGGCGUCAACUUUUUCCUCUACUGUUUCAUCAGCAAGCGAUUCCGGGGCAUGGCUGCCAACGUGCUGAGAGCGCUGGUCCACUGCCGGAAGCAGCCUCCGCCGUUCUACGCCAGCCACAACUUCUCCAUCACGAGCAGUCCCUGGAUCUCACCAGCCAACUCCCACUGCAUCAAGAUGUUGGUGUACCAGUACGACAAAAAUGGGAAGCCCAUCUGUAUUUCCUCUUGAGUCUACAGCCACCAGCAGCUGCCCCCGCCCUCAAUCCUGGGGGGAGAAAACAUAUUUGGGCUUUGUCUCCAUUGGUGACCAACUUUGCCCGCAUGGGACUCUUUGAGGCUUGAAAAUGUCAACACGCCCGGAGAGCACAGAGGUGAUAGUUUAGCUAGCUUUGAGUGUUAAAGUGAUAGGCUAGUAAGGUGGAAAAGCAAACAGCAGAUGUGUGCUUGGCAGAAAAUGGCCAGGCCUCUCAUGUUCAAUAAAGUAUUCACAAAGCAGCAACCAGCAUCAAAUAGAUGUUGAUUGUUUCCUCCAUGCAAAAAAAUACAGCUACUGUAAGUGACUGCAGCUUGAGUGAGCGACUGAUAAAAGGGAUAUCACCACCAUCCAUCACUGACUUUUAUGAGCCACUGUUUGUAACAGCGCUGAAUUAUAAACUGGCAACUAGAUGAAUCCUCGAUGAAGCAUCAAAUGCCUGGUGACAUUGUUUUCUUUAUGGAUGCUCUCUGUUGUACACUACCGCCAACGGUGAAGAGUUUCAAACAGCUGCAUCUUUGCGUCCACCGGGAGUCAUUUUCCACAUUGCAGAGAUCCGGUCAGAGUCUGAGCACUAAACAUCUCACCUGGAGGGGUGAUUCACUCAGGCAGAGCCACCGACGACGUGUUCACUGCCCGCAAUUCUGAUUGUCUCUCAAGCAAUGUAAAACCGUGCUGUAAUUUCCAAUUCAAUAUGCAGAGGAGUCUCAAAGGCAUGUUAUAUGGGGCUUUUGUAAAAUGAAUGGCCCUCCUUGAAUUUUCCUCAUGCGUUAGCUGAGUUCAUCCUGGCAGCACAGGUCACCUACAAGUCGGCGCUCAGCUAUGAAAGACCAAGUUAUCCCACAUCCAAGCUCACAGGUUGUUGUAGGAUAAGUAGGUGCUCUGCUUAUUGUUGGUUAAAUAUUUAUUAAUGGUAGACUUGACUGUUAUUGUAGCUUCACAAAAAUAUGAGACAAAAAAUAUGAUUAUGGCUCCGAGGUGUCAUUAAUCUAGUAAUCACAUUUCCAAUAUUAGAUAGAGGAAAUUUCUGCUAUUAGUAGAUAGUCCUCUAUUAAUUAUUGAUGGUCCUUGAUUACUUACUGUUAGCCAUUAUCUGGAUGAAUAUAAUGAAUGUAAAUGAACAUCUCUUUAACCCUUUAGCUUUCUGAGAGACUGAGGAUGAGAGAGAGAGAGAGAGAGAGGACAGAAAAAUCGUCUCUCCUUCCCUUUUGGUUCGUUCUCCCCAUCCAAGGUUUUCUGUGCCAUGAUGCAACAGUGAAUUUUGUCUCAGGGCCACAGUGACACAUAUUGUUUCGUUUCUGCUGCUGGCUGAUGGCAGUUCAGUAACAUUUUAUAUCAAAACACAGUCGCAUACAUCAACUCUUUACCAGCGUGGCCCAAGUCCUGCCCGGUAACAAACCAUAAAUGUGAACGUGCACACAGACACCUUGCACUGCAUUGCCCACAGACUGAGCACAUUGAGAUCAAUGCACAUCCAUUCCGCAGACACCUUGGGGCAUUAGAAGUGUUCAUCUAUCUAGCAUGAAUGGAGCUGAGCCAAAGGGCAGAUUUCUGCUAAUACCUGCCUGGAAGGAUCAGACACCUCAGGCCUUUUUUUAAUGGAUAAGGCUUUAAAUCUGAUGAAUGUUAGGUGUGUCUGUCAUAGCUGAUAAAAUCGUGCCCUCCAAACUCUUGUUCGACACUCUUUAGGGGGUGACUGCCCAUGUAUCGUUGCUCUUUCUCUCAUCAUAGCAACCAUUAAAGCAAAAUAAAAAAAUAACUGCAGCUGAAAAUCAGAGCAAGGGUUUCACAGUUACGGCCAUUUUUCACGUCAGGUAUAAUAACAUUUAACUUACCAGCUUCACUGUUUAGAUCUGGGGGCAUUGUGACUCGGCAAGAUACAGUUUAACAACACUCACAGGAUUGAACUCUAGAAAAUCAUCACUGCAACAACUAUUUUAUCUUUUUUCAGGAUGACUGCGAAGUCAUAAGUAGAAGUAGAGUCGACAUCACAAAGUAAACCACCUUUUUGUGUUGCAGCAGAAGUUGAUCCGGCUUCAUUUUUCUCUUAGACAACCCUGCAUUGUUUUGCCAGAACCCCCCAACGCUGCCAGACUGGCAGCAUUCAAAUGAAUGGGAGAGCGAGUCUGAAUGUGGACAUAUUUACUGUGGCCAGUAUGUUUAUCCUCACAUGUCUAACUCCGCAAACAUGCUGUAUAACUGUCAUGAGUUGUCCCCUGAUGUAAACAUGAAACCCUCUCCCAGCACUGCAACAGGUGCCUAGUCAUAUGGUUUUAGAUGAGUCAAAUUCCUGAAUUGAGUGUCUAGGGGUGGAUCUAGGCGACACCAUAAUAAAUCCAUAAAGAGGAAAUAUGUGACCUUUUGGGUGAGUACUAAAAUGCUUGACAAAAAUUUCAAUUUCUUUUCCAAUAAAAGAUUACUCUAACCAGAGUAAAUCUAAGUCUCCCGCUCCCCCAUUUUCAGUUCAGUUCAGUCCUCCACUCUCAAUUCCCAUUUCUUUGUUCCUCACAAACCGAUUUUCUUCAAAACUGCGAAGUGAAUGAGGUAGUGCCAAUUGCCACCUGCCCACCCCCCACUUCCACAAACACACACACACACACCUACACCUUCUUCACUCGUUACACCUCCCACUCAUCCCUCUUUCCUCCCACUUUAUGUCAAAUGCACUUGCUCAAAGUUAAUUUCACGACUGUCCUCUUUACUCGUUAACUGAUUAUCUUGGUGUGCACGUGCAUACCGAGCAUAUUGCCCCAUCAUUUCUUAUCAGAAAAUUGAUCCAUGCUGUUAGGAACCUUGAGCUGAAGCUGGUGGAUGUUGAGCGUUAUUUGAAGGAGAUGAACAGCCAAACGGUCGAUAACCAGUAAUCACUCACCAAUCUUCUCGAACCCCCUCCCCAAAAAAAUCAAAGUCACGCUCAGCAGGACAUUACAUUUCAUUUAGUGUAAAAGCAGUAAAAUAUUAGCCUCGAUACCAGUCAAUAUUCUCUAAUGAUCAAGACUGUGAUCAAUAAUAAAGUAGGAUCGCAAAAAAAAUGUUUUGGCUUCAGCCUGAGGAGCUCUUGCCAUAUCAGUGUUGCCAUGACAUUUAUUUCAUGUGUUAACCCCAUCCAGUGUUUUGGGCAUGUUAAUGUGACAUUUGUGCAAAAACCAGUGCCUCAUUCCCACAAUCUCUGGGGAUGCCAGGCGAGCAGAGGGAUGAGUCGGGGGGUGGGGUGGUUGUCACAUGCAGGUGUCCCUCCGUCUCCCACGUGAGGCAGUCAGUAGCAAGCAGGAGAGGAGGCUGUGUAUGUGUGUGUGUGUGUGUGUGUGUGUGUGUGUGUGUGGAGGGUUAUUGCCAAGAAAUCGUCCCCAUUAUGAGGGGGAUAAAAUGCCUAGGAUCUAUAUUUUCUUCAGCCAGAUAUUAAAAAGAUAACGAAACAUAAAUCAAUCAGAGGGGAAAAUUGUAUUUUCUCUCACAUCCUGCUCUACGCUUUUUCCUCUCUGUCUCUCUCUACCUGCCCAGCUCUACAGUGAGUGUGUGAGUGUGUGUGUGUGCGCGUGUGCGUGUGUGUACAUAAUGCCUGUGUUAGACAGAAAGAAGCUUUAAAAAGUGUUUGUGCCAUAGGACCUGUAAUGUAUGAAAUCAAAUAUGUAUUUAUACUCAGUCAUGAUGAAUAUAAUUACAUACAGCACAGUAUUAUAACGAUAUAACCAUGAAUGUACAACUGACGCUUCUGGCAUUUUUGUUGGUAAUUUUCUGAUUGUGAUUUUCUACACAAUGAUCUUUUUUGAGCAGUCUUUUACCUCUCUCCAUGGCAGUGUUUCAAAACUGUGUUUUUUGAUUGUACUGGAGUGAUUAUAGGCUUGCAUAAUUCAGUUGUUUCCUCCUAAUGAAUGUAUUGACUGUAUAAAGAGUAUGUAUUACUGUGCUGUGAGAAGGUAUGCAGAAAAGUAAUUGCUAAUAUCAAUAUUUUUGAUCAAAGAAAUAAAGAACAGUGUCUCUAAAGACUGAGA